AAUUGUCAAACAUCACCGCCUCCACCACCCCCUCAGUCACUGAUACGUGACUAUUGGUAUGAAUUGAAAUUUUCGGAUUUAUUUAAAUUUAUCAAUGCCGAUGGUCGCUAUCAAUGUCCACGUUAUAAUUGUUUAAAAAGUUAUAAAGAUGCUAGCUCUCUACAGCGACAUAUCAGAUCAUUUACAAUUACUUAUACUCACCACUACAGCUGAUAAUCAACAGACUCCUUCUAAUCAUGAUUUCAUUAUAAUGGAUGAUAUAAAUGCCAUCAGUAAUGCUCUCAAUCAUACAACAGCAACACAUUUAACAAACGAAGAACAUGAUGAACAUGAACACUGUACACGUUUAGAUUCUUGUCAAUCACCAGAUCAAUUUUUCAUUUCUAUGGUCAAUGAAUUUCUUAAUGAUGAUACCACUACAUUACCCGAUGAAACAGCCAAGACAUCUCCCUUAGCUAUAGAGUAUCUGGAAGAACCUAAUGAAACUGUUGUAGAAAGUUUAAUAAAUUUUCAUUGUUUAACUAAGAAUAGCGAAAUCAAUAACAGCUCAAACUCCAGCACCUCAUCUUCAACUUCAACUACGGCAAUAACUCCUGUCUCAACGAUAUCUUCUGCAACUGGUUUUCGUAUCAAUAAAUUGACUGAUGAUACCAGAAAUAUGAAUUCUUUACUUUUAAGUAAUUUAAAUGACAACUUACCGGAUAAUGUUAAGGAGAUUUCUUAUCAAAGAUUUGGUCGUUUCAAUACUAAUCUACCAGCUGAGGUACAUAAUUUUAAGUGUCAUCUAUGUGCAUUUUCUUGUGCUUUAAAGGAAGUAUUAUUACAACAUUUUCAGGAUAAACAUCCGACUUAGGGAAAUAGAUU